AUGGCGCUGUCAGCAUCAUCAGAUGCGACUGGCCACCAUAUUGAGGCUGGUCCCUCUCUGUUGAUCGCUGUGCCUUCAGAGCCACUCUCCAUCCGAUACGCAUGCCACUUGGAACAGCCUGAAGGCGCCUCGUGGUUUGCGAGCCCCGAUAAAGCGACAUCGACUUUGACUCGUCACAACGAUAGAUAUGGCAGCUGCGCUCAUCAGACACUUGCAGAUAGUUACGCGGAGACGCUGUGGCUUGGAGAACAUCACACUGGCCUCGCGCACUUCCUCAACUGCAUCGACCGACUGAGAUCUUCGCAUGACGUGGACGAUGUUCUGCUGGGCCUGUGCCAACUGAUCAGAUCCAAUAGCACCAUCACACGGAGACAUCGAGACUUGGCUCAUAGACUGCUGCCUGAUCUCGACAGUCAUGACAACCUGCCUGCAACGGCCAUGCUCGAGCUGCCAGAAUAUGAAAUCGCGCUCGCUCAGCGUGUUGCAGGCUUAUCUGCUUCGGGCCUCAGAUCGACAGGUCUGGACUCGUUGCGCGAGCGCUGGAUAUCCUCCAUGGAAAGCCGAGAGAUUCAACUGCAGAUUCUGAUCACCAUGUGCCUGUUGCAUAUCGUCUCGCAGGAUCCCAGAGCUUUGGAGACCGCUCGCGCUCGCAUUCGCGGAGACAGCUUUUCUGUGCCCUUAACAGGCACUCUGGCGAAUUCCCAGGUGGCUACUACUGCUGACCCGGAAAGCGAACAGCCUCGCAAACGAUCACGAAAGCUUGAAAAAGCAAAACGAUGGAGAGGCACCCGUCCACACUCCGGUUCGAGCGAUGCCUUCGCGUGGAACCAGCAAGUUCGAAAGCGCUUUGCAACCGACUCGUCACAUGACGACAUCGACAACGGAGAGGCCGAGGUGCUUGAAAUGGAAGGCGAAGAGGUGCUCGCGGUAGACCACCUGAGCAAGAGGCUGGAAGCGCUUGUGGACAUUCUGUGUCUCAGGCAAGUUGCGGCCGGUGUUGGUUCAGAGAUCGCCGACCUGCUCUCAGACUUCGGCGCAGAGACAAUCGAGCCUGAUAAGCAAGGUCAAUCAGCACCCAAAGCCAAGGGAACAUUGUUUGGCUCGUCGUUGCGCAAGCUGGUCGAGGAGGACGAUAUGGACGACGCGCAAUGGCUGUGCUCGAGAGUGGUGGAACCGCAUUUCGAAGCGAGUCUGCCUCGACAAUGCUCGUUGUUCAGAAGCAAGUGCUUCGUGUCCCUCCAAUCGCGAACACCCGCGCGGCCGACAGCCAAGAGUGCGCGCACUACCACCUCGGCUGGCUCACCACCCAUGCGAGCUGCCAAGAGGAGCGCAAGUGUAGCGACGGCGGCAGCAGCACCAACAGCAGCGGCAACAGGCGUCGGCAACGUAUCGAUUGGGGGUGCAGGGUUGUCAGAUGUGCUCGAAAAGGAGCAGGCUGGUAGAAGGGUCAAGCGAAAUAUUUUGGCGGAACGAUCGAGUAUGCUGGGACGAGGUCGAGAAGUGGACAUGGGCCGGAGAUUAUCUCGCAGCGUCAGUGCAACUUCUGGGCCAGGGCAUGAAGUGCGAGCUCCGACGGGCGUCUUCUCGAGGAGCACCACCAAUGCUGCGUCCACCCCACCCACUGGCGUGAUCAACGCAAAUGCUCUCAAACUAGGGAGCAGCCUGGAGAAAGGCCACAAGAUUGGGCGAUACGCAGCGCAAGGGGGGGAGAAUGUGGCAAGCAGCCAGCAGAUGCACUCGCCUGCACUUGCUGCGAUGGCUUCGUUUGCAUCGCCUUUUACAUCCUCAGCAUCGUCGUUUUCAGGCCAGGGGUCGAAGCGGCUGCUGGUGAUGUCGACACCACAGAAGCAAGCGGCGCACAAGGUACACAACAUGGACCAUCUGUCUCAGCUGAACAAGCCAAGGCUCGUGUUUCCUGGCAGCAGUCUGGUGAUGGAGUCACCUACGCAAACGCAGGAUGGAUCGCAGCUGCUAGGAGCGAGAUCACGGAUCGCAGAGCGUUGCGCCUCGUUUGCAGGACGUAGCAGCUUUGCGCUCGAUCGGUCGCCUUCACCUGUAGCCUUUCAUUCUGACGCAGACGACUGA